AGUGGAGAGCGGGGAGGGCGAGGGGGAGGAUCACAUCCUAUUGGAACGAUGGAGGGGCUUCAAUGCUUGCAUCACCCAUCUACCCCCUGCUCCCGCUCUCUGUCUCACUUCCCCUUACGCUUCCUUCUCCUCACCACCUUCUCCCUUCCCCUCUCGUCCCUCCAGCAUGCACACCCAUGACACGGCGUAGAGUGGAGAGCGGGGAGGGCGAGGGAGAGGAUUACAUCCUAUUGGCCAGCGAUGGAGGGGCGUCAGUGCCCGCCUCAGCAGCAGCAGCGCCUGCUGUGGUGCACAAGCCGGCAGACACGGACUCACUGGCAGUGAAAGAGCAGUUCAUUCACUGCAAGUAUGUGGUAACGGCGCCCCCUCGACCGCAAUGCACCACCUCCACACAGCAGUCGCCUUAUGCGAUGUGCCAUGUGUCAACAGCAGCACUCUCCCCUCGUACUGUGUAUUCCCCUCCCCGUUACUUAAAUUUCAACCUUCCCCCUUUUCCCCCUUCCCUCCUCCCCAUGUCACCAUGCCACCACCCGUCCAUGCCACCACCCGUCCAUGCCACCACCCGUCCAUGCCACCACCCGUCCAUGCCACCACCCGUCCAUGCCACCACCCGUCCAUGCCACCACCCGUCCAUGCCACCACCAGUCCAUGCCACCACCCGUCCAUGCCACCACCAGUCCAUGCCACCACCCGUCCAUGCCACCACCAGUCCAUGCCACCACCCCACCAUCUUCCAGUAUGUGGAGCCCUGCUUCCCCGCGCCCACCACCGACACCCCCUUCGACGGCACUCCACCACCUGCGAGCAGCAGUCGCCUCCUGCGAUGUCGCUCUGCCGUUCCGGCUCCUGCGACGUGUGCUAAGAGAACAUAUGUGGAGCGCCGUUACCAAGCGCCCGCCACCGACAACCCCUUGACCGCGCUGCACCACCUGCAAGCAGCUGUUGCCUCCUGUGAUGUGCGCUCCGCCUUCCGCCUCCUCGUCACCGCGCCCGUCGACGUCAACGCUGACGUGGUCGGGGUCGUCGCCAGCACGGCGCCAGCUGGACCGGGGACCACAAGAGGCAGUGCGGGGAGAAGGGGGCAGAGGCUGCUGCAUGUGGCGUGUGAGAGGGGCAACGAGGCGAUGGUGGAGCUGCUGCUGCUGUGGGGGGCGGUGGUGAAUGUGACCGAUGGUGAGGGCCGGACGCCCAUGCAAGUGGCGCUGCAGCAUGGCAACCAUGGAUGCUCCAAGCUGCUUGCUAGCAGGUGUGUAGUGCCUCCAAAGGUGGGACAGACAGUGUUGAUGUAG